AUGUUUUUAGCACAAGGUCCAGCUCCAUUAACUAUUAUGGAAAGUUCAGGGUUGUGCUUUUCAAAUGAGAGUGGGCUGACACAACUCGAGAUAGAGGGUGAUCGUGAGGAUGAUGAUCCUUAUAUUGAAGCAUCACAAGCAAAUAUGGUUUUCUAUGUUGAUGAUGAAACAGAAAAAGAAUGGAGUUCAACUCAGGCUGCAUUACAGUCUAUUUCCUCAAAUCAGGCUGUUUCACAUUCGACUUCAUCAAGUCAGGCCGAAUCACAACCGAAAUCAUUUAAUAAGCGUGUUGUUGGAUGUGAGUCUACGGAGUAUUGGACCGUAGAAGCAAUAGAUUCAGAAGGAAACAAAAAAAAACUCAAAGUGAAAGUCAAAGAAGUGCUAAAUUUAUCUGGAGAAGAUCGUAUUGUGGUCAAUUUUGACUACCUGGAUUGUCCAUUUAGAGAAGCACAACCCCUUCUUUAUGGUUUUUGUGGAAUUUUAGCUGCUGAUUCGUCCUUAUUUCCAAUGCACUUUGACAAAUGGCCAAAUAUGCCUAUGUCAAACUUCGAUAGCGUCUUUGAUCAAAUCAUAGUGGAAAUGUGCAACAGAAAUGCUGAAAGUCGAAAGAAACAAAUCAUUCCACACACAGCUGGAUCCAAAGCUAACUCUAAAAGAAGGUCUGAAAUAAUGGCUGAGACCGGUCAAAUGCCUGGACGAGCAGAACUUUAUCAUGCUACUCAUAAGAAUGUAGAUGGAUCAUAUGUAAAUAAAGCAGCAAAAGUUAUCUGUGUAAGUUAA